AUGAGUAACACCCCAAAUUCGAUCUUCUCAGGACGCUGCCAGAUUGGCAUUUUCCAAUACAGAUGUCUUCACAACGGGCAGGAAAACAGCGCAAGAUGCAGAAAUCAUUUUGACAAUCAGCCUUGUAUCCCUGAGGUGGUGUACACGGAUGAAGUAAAGGAUAGAGAUUGCGCAGAAUGCGUUAUGAGAAGUUCCGGGUAUGCUUCCGAUGAAAUCUAUAUGAAUACUCCCACGAACUCUGCCACUGGCACCCCUUCAUCAGGAAGCGAUGAUAAGAGAAUAUUCAAGCGACACAGCUUGUUCGAUAAAAGCCGCAGUGGUAUUAAGCGAAGAUCCACACCAAGUGGAACGGGAGGAGAUAAGUUGGCAAGAAGCAAAGACGUCAAGUUUCAACAGGCUAGAAAUGAUGAAAUGAGAUACAGAAGAGCUAUUUCUAAGUCCCGCAGUGAAGGCGGCUCUAGAGCACCAGCAAACACUCCCACAAAUCCAUCGAUGAAGAAUUCCUCGAGGAUCGCCAAGAAGAUUCCCAAGAAGUCGAGGAUGAGUGCAAAGGCACAUUUGCAGUCGAAGAUGGAGGCUGAAAUCAUAGAUGAUGAGAUGGAUGUGGAUAUGGAGAUGGAGGGGUAUGGGGAUAAGAAUGAUGUAGCUGAUCUAUCUCACAAGUUGAGAUCUCUUUCUUGCGAUUAG